CAAAGCCAAAAAGAAGGCAGAAGGCCUGACCCAGAGUAUGGUGGACAGAUGCAUCCAGGAUGAAAUAGCUGAUUUCUUGACCGGGGUCCUCACCCGAGCCGAGAGCCACUCGGGCUCCGAUCCCCGCGACCUGGACGCCGAGAAGAAGAAGAAGCCACGGGACUCCACCAGGAGGGAUCUGUCCUUUGACCUGCCAGAGAGAACCAGCAGACCCGGCUCCCCGGCAGCCAAAGUGCCCGCCUCGCCCUCGGGCUCCGAGGACUUGUCCAGCGUCUCCAGCAGCCCCACGUCCAGCCCCAAGACGAAGAUGGCUGCAGUGUCCUCCCUCCAGAAGCCCACCCAGAUGGGCACCACGCAGCUGCUGAAGAGGCAAGUGCAGAGGCCGGACACUGUCCUGACACACAAGCAGGCACAAGCUCAGUUCGCUGCUUUUCUGAAACAAAACAUGCUGGUGAGGAAAGCUCUUCCUCCUGGCACCUCUUCAUGUCUCUUUGUUCCAGUGUCCUCAGAGCCCUCGGAAGGGGCUGAGAACGAUGAUGUGCGCCCCCAGCUGAAGAGGCACCAGGCCCCCAGCCCGACCCCGUGUGCCAAAUCCUCCAAACGAGCCAAAAUCAAGGUGACCAUCGUCUCUCACGGCGAUGCCGGCGCGGGGACCGGAGCACCCCUGGGCACCCCGGCGGAAAUUGUCGCCGGGAAGCCGCUCCCUGUGGGCCUGGGCCAGGCCGUGCCGGGCGCGAAGGAGCUGUCGGGACUCCUCAGCACCCCCAAGCUGAGCUCAGCAGCAGAGACCUCCACGAGCCCGGCUCCGUCCGCCGUCAUCCCCAGCAGCACCACGCCCAGUGCUUUCCAUGCCCUGCAGAGCAGGCUGGUGGCCAGCCUGGUGGCCAGCAGCUCCCACUGCUUGCCAGCCCAGCCAGCCAGCACCCUCCAAGGAGCAGCAUCUGCCAGCAGCCUGCUGCAAGGGCUGAGCUUCAGCCUGCAGGACAUUGGCACCAAGUCAUCAGCCCUUCCUGCCAGCGUGGCUGCUGCUGGGCCCCCUGUGCAGACCUCGGCUGGGAAGGUGCCCACCCCUCUGCAGAACCUGGGCACCAUCACCACGGGCACGGGCACCAUCGUCCGCACCAUCCCCGUGGCCACCUCCCUGUCCCUGGGAGCCUCGGCCGGCGGGAAGCCCACGGCCAUCCACCAGCUGCUGAGCAACGGGGGCCUG